AUGGCAACAAUUGGUUCCGUUCACGCCUUGGGAAAAACACUGAUCCAUUAUAAAGACGAUCGAACUAUGGAUUUACUCUUACACGAAAUUGGUUAUAUUUUUGGACAAUUAUGUGACAUUGAAUCGAUUCCAUAUUUGAAAGAGAUUAUUUCAGAUAAAGACUGUCAUGAAAUCGCUCGGCAUGCAUGUACUGAGGCUUUGGGUUCCAUUGCCACCAAGGAAGCGAUCACUUUUUUGGAGACAUUUUUAAACGAUGAAAAAACUGUUGUCCGUCAAAGUGCCGAAGUAGCUCUUGAUAUGACUGAUUAUUUUAGUUGUGAUCAAUUAGACGAUUAA